AUGAUGAUUUUCGACAUCCAGUUCCGCGCGAACCCAGCUCCGAGCGAUGUGAUUCCACGAUUGAUUGUGGGCGAGGUCGUGUUGGUCACUGUGAGAAAACUCACAACAUUUCAUGGCGUUGCGAGUUGCAUCUUUGAAUCACUGGAUGCCACUGGCACGACCCCACCGCGCCCAAGACUGCCGCCGACCCCCCCACUUCCACCAAGACCACCUACGACGACUCCACCAAUAUCAACCCACCGAGAAGAUCAGCGUUCGUCCGAUUACAAUUUAACGGACAACGAUACUGUGCCCACGGAGCCUAGCGAAUCUCAAGGUUCACUCGACGAACGAACUGUGCCGCAAUCGGGUGGCUCUGGGAGUUGCAUCAGUUUGGGUUCGGUCGAGAGUCGUGAAGCCAUGGCCAGCAUUGAUGACGAAGAUGGCACUGCUACUGCCAGUGAUGCUCAUAGUGCAGCCCACAACGCGAACGCCAUCAAGAUCGAAGAGCAAGCGUCGGGUCGGCGCAAGGCAAAGCAACCACCCGAUGCGGAUAUUGCAAAGAAAAAAAAGAAAUCGCAUGUGUUUCCAUCCACCCCCGCUGCGAUAUUAGCAACCGACGCCACACCACAAGAACUGACCCUUACAUCAACGGAGUACUUGGAUGGCGAUUCCACAACCCAAUCCACGGACUAA